AGACCUUGUGACUUCACAACAUCACAUCUGCCUUUAAACGGGGGAACAUGAACCAUUUUCACACACACAAUACCUCUGCCAUGAAGGAUGUUCAGUCUAUGGAGGCAGUGUCUAUGCCUUUAAAUGAGGGGAUUGUCUCUAUCUGCAACAUCUGCAAGUUCCUCAAAAAAGCGCAUAUCUGUCCAAUCACUGAUACAGUCUCCAAUUACAACCAAAUAAGGAAGCAUGUAGAGGAUGCUGAGCAGCACCUGAAAACAUCUGACACAAUAGUUACAGAAAAACUGAGAUAUUUGAAUGAAAGGAUGGAGCAUCUUAUUAUAGAGAAACUAAUAGUUGAGCGGGAGAUAAAGGAGAAAAUUCAGGCCGUGAAUACUUUGAGCACCAAGAAGUCGUCUGCUGAGCAGUCAUUAGGGUGCUUCCAAGCAGCUUUGGAGCAGGCUAAAAGAAAUGUGGAAUCAAAAAAUGAUGCCAUAAGAAGAUGUCAAGAGCAGAUGAGCACAAACGAUGAUAUAGUAACUGCAGGGACGGCAUUGCUUGCAGUACCAAUUUUAGGAUGGAUUGCUGGUCCAAUAAUGAUGAGCUCAGGACAGCAGGCCUAUGAAGAAGCUUUAAAUGCCUUGAGAAAUGCUGAAUCGGACAGACAAAACUGUAUGUCACAGGUGAGGAACUGGGAAAAAAAAGUGGAUCAUUAUGAUACAGUUAUCUCUAGGACAACGAAUGAAAUUUGGCAGACCAAUCAAGCAAUUAAGAGAAAUGAGAGUAGGAUGGAGAGAUUGAAAUGCAUCAUAUGGCCACAGGUCAAAUUCAGAAAUGGUCAGCAAAGUUGUAUUCCAUUUGAAUGCUCUUAG